GCAGCCCGUAUCCCGCUGCAGGCUCGAGAUCCUGCCGCCUCUAGGGAGGAGACCAUGCCGCGCUCCUUCCUGGUGAAAACGCACUCCAGUCACAGGGUCCCCAACUACGGGCAACUGGAGACACAGAGAGAAGCUAAUGGCUCCUGCUCUGCCUGCGAGGAGCUUGUGGGAUCCUGCCACCCGCCAGAUGAGGAGGCCCCUUCCACUCCCGGUGACCCUCUACCGCCCUGGGACAGCACCUCUGCCGUUGCCUGCAUCUCUCUGCCUCUUCUGCCACAUCAUGGGGAAGCUCUGGGAGCCUCUGGGCCAGAACCCCAGGAAACCAGCUGGGUGGGCCCUCGGGCUGGCCAGGCCCCCAGUGUUCCCCUCAAAGACAGCUUCACUCUGCCCUCAUUGUUGGUGCUGCCCACACGGUGGCCCCCAAUCCUGGGUCCAGAUGGAGCUCUGGAUAAACGACUAGGGGCAGAGGGAACCCCUCGAGCCCCAGGCAGUUUCGAGUGCAUCCACUGCCACAGGCCCUAUCAUACUCUGGCAGGCCUGGCCAGGCACCAGCAGCUGCACUGCCCCCUGCCGGCUGGGCCCGCCUUCACCUGCAGGUACUGCGACAAGGAGUAUGCCAGCCUGGGUGCCCUCAAGAUGCACAUCCGCACCCACACGCUGCCCUGCAUCUGCAAGGUGUGCGGCAAGGCCUUCUCCAGACCCUGGCUGCUCCAGGGCCACAUCCGCACCCAUACAGGUGAGAAGCCAUAUACUUGUCCGCAUUGCAGCAGGGCCUUUGCUGACCGCUCCAACCUGCGGGCUCAUCUGCAGACUCAUGCUGGCACCAAGAAAUACCGCUGUCCUAUCUGCUCCAAGGCCUUCUCCCGCAUGUCUCUCUUGGCAAGACAUGAGGAAGCUGGCUGCUGUCCUGGCCCCUAGAGGCACAGCAGGGUGGAGGGGCCAAGCCUGACAAUAUUCUCAGUGGUUCUAUAUCGUCCAGGACAAUCGGGAAAGGCAGGGGCCCAGCCUACUCUUGCCUGUGUCCAGCCAGAACCAAUAAGCCCAGUGGAGCCUUUGGGUGUCUUUCUCCAAGGCCCACAUUCAGAGUAGAAUCACCACAAGACUCACCAAAACAAGAACCAACAGUUCCGUUUUCAGCUUGGCCUGUCUGCUGGACCUAUUCCAAAAAGGAGAGACUAUUGGGAAGCGGCUAACCCUGGACAAAGCCUGCCGCAACACCAGUGAGCCUGCUUACCUGGGUCCCUUUGUGUGCAACUUGAAAUGACCAUUUUUACUUGAGGAGAGCGUAAUGUGUGUAUAACCUUGGGAAGCACAGCUACCUCUCAACCAGCAUCACUUGCCUUUGCCCUGGGGUUAGAGACACAUUUUCUCCUGCCCGUUAUGUGCACAUGCACCCUAGCUCCUUCCCCUAAAAUGAGGCAGGGCCAGGCAGGAUUGGGCUGAAGCCAGGUCCUGCGUCUCAUCUCCAUCUUCCUGCUUGGAGCAGGCCUCAUGGCUGCCUAACGUCUCAGGAGAGCAGCCGUGGGGUAAUAAAGAGCCUGCGCACUCAGGCCUCCUGUCUUGAGCCUUGAGGUUUUGAGUCUUUACCAAUCUCCUGGAUCUAUGGAGGAGGCAGAAUUCUUCAGGAGCAAUGGGAUUCCAGAUAACCUGGGCCUUUCUGAGCACAGAGCAGGCAGGAGACUGAGGGUAUUUUUGCUAGCGCAUUUCAGAGCCAUUUGAGCCUGGAGCCUUCCCUGGAACCUGAGAGAGAAUCUGCACGAAGUGGUUUGGCCUGAAGAAAUGAAGAUGAGGGUACAAUUAGCACCAGGAUUAAGGACCCAUGGAGGACACUUGGAUGGGACCAAGGCGGAGAACUGGUAGGGUGGCUAUGUGAUGUUGAGUAGCAUCCCGAGCCAGGACAGGGAAGGACUUGCUUCUCCCAGUGGAUCUGGUUGACUCUAGUUGGCAUUUGGACAGAGAAAGGAGACCCACAGAGAAUUCUUGACACGUUUGAGGUAAGAGGCUAUUGGUCACUCCCAGGACAAGGAACAUGAGUCAGCAUCCUUUGUUCAGGCCCAGUAGAAAGAGGUUCCCAGCAUCCGAGCUUCCAGGAGCCUGCUAGAAAGCUCACGGGUCAUGCAGGUAUCUUAGCCUCUGGUUUUGCAACUGCUUCGGGUCAGACUUGGUAGUAAGCAUCUGGCUGUGGUUUGCUGGUGUGAGGAUAGCUCUCUAAGAGGCCAUGGGGACCCCCCAGAGAAAACUUGACCUAUUUGGAGAAGGUCUCAAACAGUCUAAGGCUAUAGCCCACACUGGCCUUAAGCUCACAGAAGUCUUCCUGCCUCAGCCUCCCAAGUGCUGGGAUUAUAGGCGUGAGGAUCAUUCCUGACUUACAAACUUGACCUUGAAGUUGGACUUUUAGUCCAGGAGUGACCACAAAUGCAGAAACACCUCACCCCAACUCCUGUGAGAGAGUCGGCUGCAGAUUGACCGCCCCAGACCUAUGCCAGCUGGUGGAGGGACCCGCUUUUCAGACAGACAUACUCAUGUUUUCAGACCAAGGCCACUGCCCCCCAGGGGGGUAGAUAAGAACUGGACACAAGGGUACCCUCUGAAUGGAAAUGCAUCCACCAAAAGUUCUGGGGCCAGAGUCCAAACUCAAAGUGACCUUCAAGGCAGGAGGUGGAUGCUGUCCUUGGCUUGUAGGAGGAGUUAUUCUGUUUCUGCCUUGGCCAUCACACCGCCAUGUCCCGUGAGUCCCUCCAAAGUGACCUCAUCUUAGCAUCUGUGAAGACCCAUUGUAAGGUUGCAUUCUAAGGGUUAGGAUUUUGGCAUGGAUUUGGGGUGGAGGAGGCUGUUCAGACCAAACACCUGAGAAUGUGUGUUUCGACAAGCCAGCAUCCCUGUGACUUGUCCUCACUCUUAGAGCAAGGCAAAGGGGUCUAAAUGAUCCCUUCUCAAAAUCUACACGGGAUCAUAGGCUAAUCAGUUACCUGAAAUAGCUUCAAAGUUGGGCAAGAAACCCCUCCCCCACUCCCUCUUCAUCUCUUUAUCAAAGCAAAGGAUGGAAUCUUGUCCCCAAAUGUCUGGCCCUUCUGUAAGUUCAAGAUUCCCCAGGCAGAGGGGCCUUCAGAACCCCAACCAACAUGAACCUGGAUUUCUCACAAGAGCGUUCUUUUAAAAUAGCAUCCAGAUGCCCAAAGGAAGCUAUAUUGUAAAUUGUGUUCUAUUCCUGGUUCCUCAUGUCUAAAUGGGGCUGUCGCACCUGUCGGGUAUGAAGCAGGGAAU